AUUUUCUUUCUUCAAUAUCCAUAAUCAUGUCGGCUGCUGAACAGGUCCAAUUGUCCAACUUCUCCAACAUCUUCUCCCUCGAUGGGAAGGUCGCGGUCGUGACGGGUGGAUCGCGCGGACUGGGUCUGCACGCUGCCUCGGGACUUUUGCAAGCGGGCUGCUCGAAAGUCUACAUCACAUCCCGCAAGAAGGAUGCCUGCGAUGAAGCCGUCGCAGCACUAAAUGACCUGCCCAACAAGCGGCCUGGUGCUCAAGCCAUCUCCGUCCCCGCUGAUAGCUCUCGCAUGGAGGAGCUGGAUCGCUUGGUUGCUGAGAUUUCCAAGACCACUGACCACGUCGAUAUCCUUUUCGCCAAUGCCGGUGCCACCUGGGGCGAGAAGUUCGAUACCCAUCCCGAGAAGAUGUUCUCCAAGGUGAUGGACCUCAAUGUGAAGAGCAUUUUCUAUACUAUCCAAAAACUUGCGCCCCUUCUCACCGUCAAGGCCACCGUCGACGAGCCCUCUCGAGUCAUCGUCACCGCUUCCGUUGCUGGUAUCGGUAUCGGUUCUAUUGGCGAGAAUGCCACGCCUAGCUACUCUGCCUCCAAGGCCGCUGCUAUUCAUCUGGCCAAGAACCUGGCUGUUGAGCUGGGCCCCAGGCACAUUCUCACCAACGCCAUCGCUCCUGGCUUCUACCCGUCCAAGAUGGCGACUGGUCUUAUCAAUGCCAAGGGUGGUAUGAAGCAUUUGGAGGAGUUCUCACCCAAUGGCCGACUGGGCCGACCAGAGGAUAUUGCGGGUUUGGUGGUCUUCUUGGGAUCGCGGGCUUCCAGUCAUUUGAACGGAGCUGUGAUUGCGACUGAUGGAGGUGCUGUGCUGAAGGGAAGACUUUAGAGGCAGAGUGGGAGUUUAUAGUUAAUGCAAUUAGUCAAGGAGAAGAGAAUUAUGG